GAGCUUCGUGAAAUUGAAGAACGGAGGAGGAAAGAGAGAGAGGUGCAACAGGUAGAGGACGAAUGGCUGCUGCAAGGCUGCGUAGCUCUGGAGAUUGGUGGUGUACCUGUGAGGAAUGCCUCUGUUGCAAGGAAUGGGACCGGUUGCAGCCUUAUUUUCAAGGUCUGGAUGUGACCGAGGACGAGACAUCUCCACCUGGAGUAACGUUAGUAUCCAGCUGGGCUUUAUCUAGUGCUGGCGAGAUAUAUUUCGGCCGCGCUUUGGAAAGCAGAGCUAGAGGGAUAAACAAACACGGCACCACACCGGUAAGAUCAGACUGGAGCCAGACGACAGCAGCGUGCCACCUUAACCAGCACUGAGCUGUCCACUGACGAUGCAGUCUGCAGAGGGUGAGACAGACACUCUACCUGGAGCUUUAUAAGGACGACAGGAUGAUCUGUCUGCCUCUUGUCCUCUAUCUCGUAUUUCUUCUAUAUUCUGUGCUUGGUUCCCUUCCUGCUCCAGUCAACCUUUCUGUCAGCUCUGACAAUUUCCACCAUGUCCUGUGUUGGGAUCCUGGGCCCAGCACCCCUCCAGGAACACAGUACAAGAUCAUCAGGAGGUUGAACAAGAAAGAACAAAAAAAGCUAUGGUACUCAAACACAACUUCAUUCAGGCUGAAGCUUCCACGCAACAGAGAGAAGUAUGACCUGUAUGUCCAGGCGUUCUACAACCAAAGUCUGUCUCCAGAGUCCAGCAGAUACUCCUUCACCCCUUACGAAGACACCAUAAUAGGUCCUCCAAAAGUCUCACUGGCUGGAUGUGGCAACUGCAUUCAAAUCAACAUUUCACUCCCUGAAGCUGACAGGAGCUCAAAAAUCAGUGAUAUCCAGGAAUUCUAUGGGGCUCAGUUUAAAAUCUAUUGGAAGAAACAUAACGAAUCAACGAAGUCCUUCGUAACACAAAACAAGAGUUAUACUGUCGACAACCUACAGAUUGGCGCAGAGUACUGUGUACAGGUGGACACAAAGAUUAACGUGAAUAAACACACUGUGCCAUCCGCUUGGCAUUGCACCUUCACCAGCAUUGUGGAACCAAGCAGAGACCCUGUUAUUUUAGGCGUAGUUGCUGCUCUUCUGAUUUUUGCUGUCGGGUUCCUGAUGAGCUCCAUGUUCUGCCUCCACUACACUGGAUUCCUCUGUAAACUGAAGGCAGCUCUGCCCAGAGUGCUCAUUGAGGCUCUAAGCCAAGGCUACACCCUGACACCAGAGAGGACAGUCCCUGACAAAAUCUGCAUUAGCAUAGAGACUGAGAAACAGAGGAGGCACAACAAUCCCACAACUCCACAACCUGCCACCAAGGGCACUAACUCUGAUGAGGAGGAUGAAGAGGAGGAAGAGGAAGGGGUCAACGUCUACAUGGAAAGAGAUGCAGAGCUUUCCUCCCUUGACAGUUCCUGCCAGGACUCUAUUGAUGUGUCGUGUGUGAGCAGUAAAGUAGCUGCUUCAGGGAACUCUAGGGGUUUGACUGUGGAGGCUGAGGUGCUGGACACAGAGUUUGAGGUUGAAGUCACACAUGGGGGGUUUGAUCAAGAUGGGGCCAUAGCUGAAGAUGCAGAUGUUUCUUUCAUGCCUGAGGGUCACACUGGAGUCAAGGGACAUGUCACAGAUGAGGUGCAAGAGGAGGAGGAAGAUAAAGAGGUAGUGUGUGACAGCUCAUGCAAUAUCAAUUUGUUCUCAGUCACCCUCGCUGCAUUGACUGUAAGUGAGGAAGGGGAGGAGGAAGAGUCGCAGAAUACAAGUGAGUCUCACACAGACUUUUUGAAACUCUCUGAUCUGGAACUCCUACUGCCCUCAGACUCAAAACAGACCUCGAGACACACAGAUUCACAGACUGAGUCAGAUCAUCAGACAACUAUGGCACUAAUGCUACCUACACAAACCUUUACUGCAGCUGGCUAUGAAGGCAGAUGUGCAGCCACUUUGUCUGGCUUUCUCAAAACCUGUGAUGGUGUGAGACAGCAUGAAGAGACAAAAGAGGAGGGGGAGGAAGAGGAGGAGGAGGAAUUCUCAGGAUACAUGGCACACACAUGAUGUGUUGCUGUAUUUGUAUGAGUAUCAAUAAUUAAUUCCCAGCAAGUGCAUUCCUUUUUAUUUGAGGAAAAUUCCAACAGAAGAAUUUAAAUGUAACUGCCUUUUCACCCUACUGAGGUUGAGAAGAAGGUACGGGUACACCUGGCAGGACUGAGAGGCUCAGGAGGAGCUUCUACCCUCAGGACACAAAGAUACUGAAUGAUGACUGCUUUAUCCUAAACAUUAACAUUUAUUCAUUUCUACCACUAGGAAAUAUUGAAGGAACUGACAACUAUUCAUUUUACUGAAAUCAUAUUUUAUGAUUUCAUGUAACAAAUAAAAUUAUUGAUUAAGUUGUUGGCAUAACCUA